AUGGAGAUUCCUCUAUGCAUUAUCAUAUGGAUUUUGCUUGCCUCGAAAGCCUUCUACUCUCUGUGGGUAGUCUCCUGGUCGGACAGUAAGUUUAAUUAUCAAGAUGCAUUUGGACUCUUUCAGACAAUCGACUCCAGUUUUUCUCCAGGUAUCUUCUUAAAGACAGCUGGAGCGGAAUGUUCAAGGUAGUUCUGUGUCUACCUUACUCAAAAGCUCCAUCUCUAGGAUUCGAAGGAUACUGAGUGGUCGUUGGUCUACAUAUGGUUGUUGAAAUUGCCACCAAUAUCUCUUUUUUUGCUAAGCACGGUGUUCAGUAACUGGCUGAGAUCUAAAGAGGUAUGCGGCCAAUUACACUGACUUUGGAUUACAGCUUGUACGAAUAUGUGAGACACUUCUGGCCGCAAGCAUUAUCGUUCCGGCCAUCCCACCUUCAAUUUUUCUUGCCUGUGUCCUGACCACUAUUGUAUAUGCAGUAAUCGGUUACAUUUUGCGCUCGAAGACACUUAUUUGGAGCCUUACUCUGUGCUCAUUGUUCUACGUGGAGGAGGCCGUCCGCAUCCUUCGCAGGGUAAGAGUGCCUUUUGCUGGCGAUUCUCAGGUAACAUGCUGGGACAAAAACUGUUCACCAGAGGGUUUUUUGAUCCAAUGUUUCAGGUAUCAAAGUCCGCCACCCAUCUGGGUUUCCCAUGCACAGAUCUUAUUGUCAUGUGCGAUUGCAUGCGAGUUAUUGCCUGACGCGUGGGCAUCGGCUGCCAACAGUUGGUGUAAAACGGCUCCUGCAUCGACGUGGUCGUUGUCGUUCCAGUCCUCGUUGACCGUGGGGAUAACUGGCGGCCGCGACUUUCUCAUGCUUCAAAUGCUUCUUGUCAAGUACUUUCGCAAAAUCCAACGGGACGCAGUUAGGCUUGCGUGUCGGUUGAUUUAGUAGUCGGCUGGCAACCAGGCUUCUUGAAACUACCUUGUCGUUGGAUUGUUACCCCGGCCCACAGCCCCAACGGCGUCAAAGUUGGCGAUAUGUGCUGUCUGCGUGGCAGGCGUUAGAACCCUCUAUUUCGGGCCUAGUCUUCGAACGACCGGUGAUGUAUGUGCAGCUGCGUUCCUAGCUCUCCUAUGGUUUUUCCAACAGAGCUGCCCUCUGUGCGCAGCCGCAUUAUAGUCGGUAGACAGGGACUAAUUUCUCCCGAUUGGGAGUCCGGUUUGUGAGCGACUCCUAUUCCGCUUGACGCGAGGGAUCCAGCCACUGUUAGCAGAAAUUUUACACGCACGGGACACCAGCAUGCUCUUGGCUGGUUGGACUCGCCCUUUUGGUGUCUUCUGGGUGUUGGAUUCCUCCCAACGAAUGUCCAUAUAUACCCGUUGACUCUGGGGAGUCCUCAAAGGUGUAUGUUUUCGAUCCACUUUUCCACUGGUUUAACAUAACCACUUUUUUUCUCGCAAACUCACACAGAUUUGCUUGUGUUGUAGCUGGUGUCUGCCAUCAUAAUUUACAGCGUGUUUGUUGGUUUACUGUAUACUUUGGCCGGCUGUUAAUUGUGAACUGGGCGCCAGAUGUGGACAGUUAGGAAGGGAAUUCGGUCCUCAAUUUCAUCCCCACUCGUGCACUGCUGAUCCUGUGGUGACCGCAAUCAUUUAUUCUUCAUAGUAUUCCGUUUCCUGUUGCCAAAUGCCGACCAAGAGAUCAUCUGCAUGGUGCGCCUAAAAUUUUAAUUUGUACACCUCAAGCAUUCAUCUUCAAAGGGUUGGGAGAGCUGCCUCGGCCACAAACAAGUCCGAGAUAAGUGAGCAUACCUCGUGCCUUUCAUUUACUUACAAGUGGCCCUGUUGGGUAACAGUGUCCUGAUGCGGUGCUCCACGACCCGUGGGAUCUCAAGUUGUGUGCUAGCUGUUGUUCCCAUCGCAGUCCGCUCAUCGUUUGGUGACCGCCGUGAAGAAGGUGGGUGUCGUCGAAUGUCAAUACACUCCCUCUCGGCAUAGGUAUAACGGCAUUUUACCCAAAUAUUGUUUGGUUAGGUAGACCGUCGUUUUUGAGCCCACGGUCAACGACCUCGGUUUCUGGGGCUAUCGUUACGCAAGUCCUUGCAUGGGUGUGCUGCGGAGUAAGACGAUUAGUCCUAAUACAAAUACUUUCCUCACGUUAAUACUGAUUCGCCCUGUUCUUUGGAUACUCAAACGACUGUGGGUACCCCACAAACCAAGUAGACAUUAUUGCCUACUAAUACAUUUCUCACUCACGAAGGCGUCGCCAACCCUCUUUUAAUCGACUUUCAACAAAUUUAGUUUUCAGUUAUUGAAGUGGUCCAUGAGGACGAAACCUUCGAAAAAGCCACUGUGCUUCAGUCAGCUGCGGCCUUGAUAAUUCUCCGUGCCUCGAGCGUUGGUCUCGAAUUUGCCAACAAACCUUCUUCCCUCCCACGGACUGUACUUGUCAACCAACUGGCGCUACCAGUGUUGCUGGAGGCAGUCUGCUAUGCCACAUAUCCACCAACUUUUUAUUUCGGUCCACUGGUAUCCUUUAGUGACUGGUGCGCCUGGAGAAAAGAAGUAUUUCAAGUAAGUUACAAGAAUGCAGCAAAUCAAAUAUUCGGCGACAGUGCUCCUAAUUCAAUCAGACAGAAUUUACUUUAA